CGCUCACUCUGUAGCAUUGAUAAAAUGGCUGUGCAGUUUGCGGAAUGCCGAGCAGCAAUAAUCGAGUGAUGGUCAGCAAUAAUCAUGACUGGAAGUCAGCUCGGGAAGCAGAGUUGAUGGGCUACGAUGGGCAACUCGAUGAGAUAAGGCGCGCGUCAUGACUUCAACUUGAAGUAGCCCCGUACUAGCCAUGGCAAGCCGCGCGUCCUGACUUCAGUGGAGCACGGCGAGCAUGAUGCGCAUCGGGAUGUGCCCGCGAGUCGAGAUGGGCACCGCCUGUUCCGAAGCAAUAAUUCCGCGGCUGGCCUGGACACUACUAGUAGCGCCUACUGCUCUGGCAAUAAUUCUGCAGUGCGGGUUGGCCAUCGCGCCGAGACCAGCGCGGCGGAACUUCUGCGCCGCUGGCGCCCGCCGCGGACGUGGGCUUUCCUUGCCCGGCUUUCCAUACAAGUACACCUUUCCCCAGUGGGCCAGCCAACUUCAUUCCCCAACGUCUCCCCUGACUUCAUACCCAGCAUUGUUCUCGCAAGUCGCCCAGUCGGGUUGCUCUUACGAUUGCCCACUGCCGCGUUCCAGACUUGGCCGUGUUUGAUUCCGAGCGCAUCAUCCUACUGCUGCCACUACUACUAGUAGCGCUACUAGCGCUGCUGUGAGCGAGCCUCAUUUAGCUUUCAAAGCCUCAAGUUGAGCCUUGACCCUUGAGCGCCGCCGUCGUCGCUGCGCUGCGGAGCCUUGAACCGCAACCCACGUGAAGAGGUUGGCGGCACACUGACUCGUCCCGCGGCGUUCGUCCAAGAAGCAUCCUCCCCUCUACCGCAAGCCACGGCGCCGCGCUCCCACCCGUCCCCGGCUUCUCCACAGUCUGUCGAGCACUGCUAGGCGCGAGAGCGGUCAUCAGCAGCGUCGAUUUGCUGCGCUUCCCCUCACCCUCAAGUUGGAGCGGCACCAUGCUGCGCUCCAGCCUCACCUGGCCGACCUGGCCGACCUGGUCUCCCUUGGCGCCGGCGGUGAGCCGCCAGGGACGGCGAAUGGCGUGUGAGCGGGUGCAGCGCGCGCUGCCAGCGGCACUCGCGCUGUGCCUUGCCGCUGUCCUUGCCGCCACGCCCCUCGUGAUGGUCAACGCUCAGCCGUUCGAGGCCUCGCAAGCGCAAUUCCUUGAGGACUGCCGGAAGGCAUGGUCGUCGACCUUCAGUGGGUGGGACGGCCGCAACACCAACUGCAGCACUGCCAUGGGCAUCAAAUGCGACAGCAGCGGGAUGAUCUUGCAGAUAUCCCCUCCGGCGAGUUACAUGGCCUCUCUACGAGGGCCCAUUCCGAAAUCCAUCAGCAAUCUCCAAAAGCUCACUUACCUCAACCUUCAAAAUCGAUCUCUCACUGGCUCAAUCCCCAACGAAAUCGGCUCCCUUACAAACCUGGCACUGCUGCAGCUCCGUAAUAAUCAACUAAACUUUAUCCCCAAUGCAGUCGGCAAUCUAACAAAUCUUCUUGCACUGGAUCUCUUUAUGAACCAGCUUACUGGCUCCAUUUUCAGCACAAUUGGCUCUCUGAAAAACCUGGAAUACCUGAGUCUCGGAAACAAUCAACUCACCGGCCCUAUCCCUGAUACCAUUGGCGCAUUGACAGCUUUGAAAGAACUAACCCUCCAAUUCAAUCAGCUCACAGGCUCAAUUCCUUCUACCAUUAGCUCUUUUAGAGAGAUUGAAGUUCUAGCUCUUAACAAAAACCUGCUCACUGGCCCAAUCCCCGCUGGAAUCAGCUCCUUCUCAAAACUGAAACACAUGUCACUUGGAAACAACCAGCUCACUGGUUCAAUCCCUGCAGUCAACUCUCUUACAGAUUUGGAAACGAUAUAUUUGGAAGAGAACCAGCUGAAAGGCACGAUACCACAAGGGAUCUUCAACCUCAAAUCGCUGCAGUUUCUGGGGCUCCAAGGUAACCGUCUUGGCGGGUCGAUUCCCGAUACAGUAACCAGGCUUACUGCUUUAUCUCACCUGACACUCUCCUACAAUCAGCUAUAUGGAAGCAUACCCGCCACUCUCUCCGGAAUGACAAAGCUGACAGAGUGUGAUCUCUCGCACAACUACCUCACGGGCCCCCUUGUGAAGCUUCCACUGGUCCAAGUGAAGCUUUCACACAACUACUUGUCGGGUCUUUUGCUGAACUCAGACUGCACCCAGCCUCAAACCCUCAUUGCCAACUGCUUCACUCUGCCCGAGGGCUGCAGCUCCGAGGUACAGCGGCCUGCAGCGGAGUGCCUGGCAUUCUGUGGCGUCUCCAACACCACUGCUGCUUGCGGCGGUCAUGGCACGUGCUACCCGUACGGGCCCAGCUUCGCGCCCACGUGCUUGUGUGAAUCGGGAUUCGUACAGCUCGGAACAACCAACUGUGCUCCCACUGACUGGGACCCAAGCUUCAGCGGGCCUAUUCUCCCCUCAAGCACUGUGCUCACCAAAGGGAUGGAGCGGGAGAUGGUGGGCAAGUUCAUUGCAGAGCCGGUGACCCUGUUUGCAUACCCGGCUGGUCCGAGCCUGGGUUGUGGCAUGGAGCUGGCUUUCAGUGUCAACUUCACCUUCGCCCUCGUUCCCCUGUUCAACUACAAGGGCAACUACAGCUACAAUGGCGUCGCGUUUGUGAUCAUGCCAAAGGCUGACGUUGGGAGCGGUCAUGAAGGGUUUGAUGGAAUGGGAAAUCGGAGUAUAGCCGUUGUAUUUGACACGGUUUAUCGCCAGUCUUGGAUCGAUUCGCAUGUGGGGCUGAAUGUAGAUGGCGACGACAUACCAGCGGUCAAGACGGCAUUACCGUUCAGACUGACCAACGGCAGCAGCUACACGGCAUGGGUGGACUACGAGCCUGAGGGUUCCGGGACCAUUCAGGUGUUCCUGGCUGCUUCGACAGAGAAGCCAGCAGAGCCGCUACUGCAGUGGAGUGUGGCGCUGUGUGAGGUGCUGCAGGCUAGCGCGGAGCAGCAGGCGUUCUUCUUUGGCUUCGUGGCAUUCACCGAAUGGAAUCCGUACCGGAGGACUUUUAUUCGCAGCUCCGCCGUGCAAACAGGCAUUCCUCCACCCAAGACAGUCCUAAUAAAAAACAAAGCUCUUGGUCUCUCGAUAUCGGCGGCCGAUUUCGCACCUUCUGGAGCCAGCCCCUUUUCGCGUUAUGUGAGCGCGGGUUACAGCCUGUCAAACAAAAUGGAGGACUCGUGGCUCAUUCGUGACGAGCAAACCUGGGACUCCGUGCCCUUCCUCGGAUGGCCCGUCAAGGACCAGGGCGACUGCAGUGCCUGCUGGGCUUAUGCGGUGGUGGCAAGUGUGGAGGCAGCGUACGGCAUUGCAACUCAGCAGACGGCCCCCCUGCUGUCAGUAGAGCCACUCUAUGCAGCCAUGGGACUCACACAAACCAACAAGUGCACAGCCGGAGGAUCUCCCACCGUGGCCUUUGAGAAGCUGAUUACUCUUCCUGCCGGCACUGGACUCACAGGGGGCACUCAACCGGCAAAAUGGUAUCCGGUGCAGGCAUUUGAGCGGACACGAUUCAAGGGGUAUGUGGGGCUCAUGCUGGCAGUGCAGCGGCAGCCAGUGGUGGUUCACAUCGAGGCUUCUGCUCCCACGUUCCGCGACCAUGAUGGCACAUUCAAGUACAUGGAUGCAGGCUGCUACACUGGCAGGCUGAACCAUGUCGUACUCGUUAUUGGCUACUCCGUUAUAAAUGGUGACGCCAGCCAGUUUGGUCCUCCGUUUUGGAUCAUCCGCAACUCGUGGGGAGAUGGGUGGGGCGACAAGGGCCAUAUGCGCAUGGACAUCCAGGGAGGGGAUGGCGUGUGCGGCAUCAACGUGCUGCCUGGCAUCUACCCCGUUAUUAAGAUUCCAGAAGACCCGUGCAGCCAAAGCAGCUAUCAGUUUGAUCUGGAGCCGCAGCCCAGCAUGAACCCGUGUGGACGGUUCCCCUGCCAGGCGCUUACAGGUGGCGGCAACAAGUGCAGCUGCAGCAUUUCCAAAGCUACCACUCAGCCGUUUGUCGAGGUUGGGAAUGGAAACGGCUCCAAUACAUGUGCUUAUGUGCAAGUAUGCCAGUCGUACUUCAGCAACCCCUGCUCCACGGGCACAUGCAUCAACGACGGGAGGGGCUCCUACUCCUGCAUCUGCCCUCCCAACUACGUCCAAAGCACAACUGAAUACAACACCCCUACUUGCGACCCAGUCAAUACCACAGCCACCACCAUGACAGUCAGUGGAGACAAAUGGAGGUGUUCGGAUGUUUAUCAGCUGGUUGGCCUCUCUUUGGAUCAAUUCAAGCUUCAGAACAAGGCCGUAGAUUGCACCCAACCGUUGACCAAGGGCAGUGUCCUUCAGCUGAAUGGAACUCCCACCACACCCUGCACUGCCUUCUUCUACUCCCUCAAUGGGGACAACUGUGCGUCCAUUGGCGUGAAGCUCAAAUUUGAUGUGAGCCGUCUUACCAGUCUCAACCCCGGCCUUGACUGCUCCGGAGUCAUCCAGGCGGGCGGCUCGGUGUGCGUCGAGCGCAAUACUGCCUUGGCCUACAUGGUUCCCGUGUGCACGUCAUCCGGCGUGCUGACACGUGAAGACACGUGCGACCGGCUGCUUCAGAGGACCACCACGGCUGAGCUGUACCGCAACAACCCCGGCCUCACCUGCUCCCCCAACAUCCCUUCCUCUGCCUCUGCUGUUGGCAGCAAGAUAGGCGUGGAGGUUUGCCUGAGUGCAACGUAUUGGCCAUUCAAAGAGGGCCUUUGCACAAAGGGAAGGAUGAAGAACGUCAAACCAUCACUGGCGUGUUCAGCUGCUUACCGCUUCUACGAUGGGUCAAUCGCAAAAUUUGCUGACUACAAUCGUGGCAAACGCUGUUCUGAGAACAUCGGAUCCACCAAUUAUCUUUGUGUGCCUUGAUAACUUUUGGAUGGUUCCUAAGACAUCUCUAGACAUCUGUGAGCACUUGUUUUAUGCAUAACUCUAUGCUAGGUUUUCGUUCCUUCUUGAUAAGCCCCUAUGAGUGUUACCGUCAUCCCCCGGUUAUAGGCGCAUAGUACACUUGGAGCAUUGUGCUCAAGGCCCUUGGCUAAAACUACAAAGUUGGGGGUCACUUGAAACUCGUAUUUUUUCUUUCA